AUGGUAAAAAUUCAAAGUUUCGAUAAACUAUUUUGCAAUCUCAUUCUGUUCUUGACGUUAAUUUUUUGGAAACAGUCUACCGGACGGCAGUGUACAUCAAAAGACUAUGUUUUUGAAUACACAACCUGUGAUGCCAACGGACAGCGUUGGAAAGUUGCUGUACCUUCUCGAGACAAUUUUCGUUGUGAGGGUCUUCCACAGCCUAUACGAGGAAUUAAUUGCUCAUUUUCGUGUGAUGCAGGCAUGUAUCUUGACAUAGAAACACAAGAAUGCCGUCAGUGUCAACCAGGCAGUUACAGUCUUGGUGGCGGUGUUCGAUUUGAUGAAUUUACUCAUUUACCAGCGGGUUUUAUUAUCGAAAAUGUUGACACCACAUCAGAUCAACUAUUUGUAACUUCAAAAAAGGAUAAAACGUGUCCUGUCGAAACGGGUUGGAUAGUUAAAAAUUCUGAGCUUCUGUACAUUCGUUCUCCGUGUCUUUCAAAAUUGAUGUACAGUGUAAAUUUGGUUAGACCUGGUUACGUUGAAUAUGUAUAUCACAUGCCAAGAAACAGUCGUGGACUUGUAAUUGAUGUAACUGUCAAAAACGAACAGUGUCAAGACUAUCGCGAACAAUUACGGCACUUUUCCGGCAGCAAAGAUCAAAAUAACUACAACAGUAAGUCUUCAGAAGAUGGUGAAUGGCGACGAAGACGGGUUCCACUGCAUCAGGGGGCUAACGUUGUCACUUGGACUGUUGCAAACAGCGGUGACUCGACAUCGUUAGCAGACGUUAUUACCGUAGCAAGAAUAGACAUCAUUGGUAUUGCUUUUACAAAGGAAUGCACUCUAUGCUCACCGGGUACCUACAGUCAAAUUGGAGCAACGGAAUGCAAAUCUUGUGCCCCCGGAUAUUUCAGUACAAAAGGAUCAUCAGAAUGCGGCCGAUGUCCACAGUCACAAUAUUCAGGUCCACGCUCCGCAGCAUGUAUUGAGCGACCAGCAUGUAAACGUGAUGAUUAUUAUAUGGCAAGCGAACCAUGUGUAAAUGGCAAAACUAGGGUGGUGUACAAAAAGGUGCAACCAAAUGUAUGCAGGGAAGACUUAGUUGGAGCGUUCCAACAACCCAAACCCGGGCCAUGGAUUGAAUGUCCAAAGUGCAAUCCAGGAAUGAGCAUGGACGAAAACAGCCAAUGUGUUUUUUGCCCUGCAAAUCAUUUUUCUGAUGGAAAUAAAUGUCAUAAGUGUCCAGUCGGAACAACACCGAAUUACGGUUACCAAUAUGUGCUGUGGCACACCUUACCCGCAAAUAUGGAAACUCGUUGUGAGUACAUCACUGAAGAAUCGAAUGACGCUUGCACUCUGAAAGAGUCAUGGCUGCCCACUGGUAAUGAUCUUCGUACAGCUCCAACAUACGAAAAAGGGAUUGUACUGGAAGUUGCCAUUGAUGUCAAAGAUGGCUUUUUCAACCCGCUGUUUGUUAAAGGAACUCAAGGAUCUGCUCAAAGUCCAGUAGCCAGAAUCACCGUAGAAUUUGAGACAAGAUGCUCAGAUGAAAGCUGUGUAUUUUAUUUUGUUGAGGAAGCUUCUUUCCAAAAAGAUUUUCAAUUAAUUGCUGACUAUAAUGGAACUCAGUCGCGAAAAUCAUACUCCUAUUCCAUCUUAUCCACGAGACCUUCUCGAUUUGUCUUUGCAUUUAUGCGUUCCCGAAGUUCAUUGCAAGACGAUAUUGUAACUGAUCAAGCAAUUAUUUACUCUAUCAACGUAACCAAUGUUGCCAAGAACGGUGGUGGAGCAUCAGCAUGCUUGAAAUGCCCAAUGUCUAACGGGAAAUGUGUAACCUGUCCUGCUGGAGAAUAUAUUUCUGAAGAUCGUGGUGAUUGUCAGAGAUGCCCUCCAAAUACAAUUCUGAACGUUACCGGCGAUCGUGUGGGUAUUAAAAGUUGUGUGCCGUGUGGACCAAAUUUAAAAUCAGCUGAUGGUGUAAGCUGCACGAUAAGUGGAGUUCUCGAACUUUGCAGCGAAGACAAUACUACCAGACGAUAUAAUUUAACAAAGCUAGCUAAUCGGACUUUCAAUGCUACCGGAGUCAAAGUUUUUGCUCGUGAAGGCUCAUCGUAUUUUCAUUCGUUCAACUUUACACUUUUUCCAACUCCGAAUACACGCUGUGCAGAAUCUGUAGAAGUGUACGAUUUCAAGCAGAAUAUGAUACCGUUUAGUGAGGCGCGGUCAGUGGAUGGAUUUGUGUGCCGUGCAACAGCGUUGGAAAGACGAACUGUUAACAACAAUUCCAAAUUUUCUGGUACAAAUACUGAACUAUCGGAAAUACGAUUUUUUUACCGAUCGUUAUCUCCAGCAACAGAAAUUUGUCCAAAUGGUUACAAUACGGUGGUAACUGCACGAUGCGACCCCAGGCAUUCGGAAGAGCCUGAAGCUCUUUUACCUCGUGAAUGUCCAGAUGGCACUUGUGACGGUUGCUUGUACCAUAUAAUACUGGUCACUUCAUUAGCCUGUCCAAUUUGUAGAGAUGAUGACUAUAAAGAAAUUCGUGGUGAAUGUGUUGAUGGAUUUUUGACAGUACAUCGAAUACCUGCCAGGCACUGUAUACUAUCGGGUGUUCAGAGUAGCGAAAGAACAGAGCAAUGUUCAGCGUUGCCGUUCAGUUUGCGGAUGUUCAUUUUUGGGUCGACGACAACUGCAAUUGUACUCUGUAUAACGGUGGCUCAUGUUUGUCGUAAAAACAAAAGUUUGGAAUAUCGGUAUACAAAAUUGGCAGAAUCAAAAAAUGCCAAAAAUGAAUAUUUGCCAAGUGCAGAAACGUGUGGCAUUGAAGAUAAUGAUGAAGAAGAGGCAAGCGAUCGAGUCUUUUUUGCAAAGGGUAAAAAACGUUUCUUUGGUAUUGGACAAGCAGUACGAACCGAUCAGAUAGAUGACAGUGAACGACGAGCUUUUGUUUCGGAUGUUGACGACAGUUAA